AUGGAACUCGGGAAAGAAUCUGGAACGCGGAUUGCAAUAGUGACAGGUGGAAACACUGGUAUAGGAAUCAUAACAGCAAGAGAAUUAGCUCAUAAAAAUGCUCACGUAUUCGUUGCAAGUCGUAGUAGAGAUCACAG